AUCAACAGUGGCUAACUUCGCGUUGUUGUCAGUUGAUGAGUUGUCAUUCCACAUAUUGUAUUAUUAAUUUGAAUAAAAAUGGAUUUUAUUAACGCUAUACCCACGCAUAUGGAUUAUGAUGGCCAAGCAAGGGCUGAAAGAUUAUCAAGAUACAUUAUAACUUUGUUUGGGGCUGUAGGUUUGAUUUGGGGGUACAUUAUCCAACAAUUCUCGCAGACGGUGUACAUUUUGGGGGCUGGAUUUGCGUUGGCAGCUUUGUUGACCAUUCCUCCUUGGCCUAUGUACAGAAGAAAACCAUUGAACUGGCAACCAGCUAGAGAUGAAAAUGGGGUGAUUAUUAAGGAACAACCCUCAAAAAAAGGAAAGAAAAAAUAGUUUAAUUUUUUGUAUUAAUAAAUUUAUUUGUUAAGCUAUAUUUUGUUUUUUUUACAUACAUAUAUUAAAUUUUUAUAAAACUAUAAAUAAUCACAUAAAAUUUAUUCC